AUGCCUCGCAAAGCCACAUCCAGAGCUACCAUCCGACUCCCCUUGACCGAAAAGGACACCACAUCUCUCGCCAAUGUGCCUCCUCCUGCCAAGUCCGCCCCAACAUCCGCCAAAGGCAACAAGAGGGACAUUGACUCUCUCAUGGACGCAGCCAACGCAAUCGUAUCAGAUGAGAACCAGAACCAACCUGAACCUGGUGCUAAAUCAAUAACCAAGCGAGGACAGAUAUUUGAUCCUGAUCAACAUCCCAAUGGAGGAGUCAGUAACAAUGCCUAUCAGAGAUUUAUGAAGGAGAGUGGACAGAAGGGACAAUGGAGUGAUACCUAUGCUGGAGCACAUAGGUUUUUCGUCAAGAGGGAAAGAAAGGGAAUCAAGAUAUCACGAAAGAAGAAGAAUGAUACUCCGGCGAGUAAGAAAGCCAAAACGACGUCGACCGAUCAAGAUAAAACCAAAACGAAAUCCCCAUCUAAGAAAGAUUUGGAAGAUGAAUAUGAUGUUAGUUCAAUUACACUUGAUGGAGAAGACAUACCAGGUGGAAUAGCAGUGUACGAUACGUGCGAUGAUGUUCGAACGAAGAUUAAUGCCCAUCUCAGAAAACCUGGAGUUACAAUGGCAUCGUUCAAUCGAGCUGUUGCAGAAACUUAUAAAAAGCAAGUUCUAUCUCAAGAAGUGACUAUUCAACAUAAACAGCUUAAAGAUUUUUUGGAGAAACACGGUGCCAGAUCUGGAUGUACCUCUAAAGUAUUUUACGGAUCGUACAUAUACUUUGAAAAAUUAAGGAUCAAGCAGAAUAAACCGAAAUCCAAGAAAAGAGAAGAGAUGGAGAAGAUGCAUGGUAAGAAAGGAUUGGAUAUAAAGACGGAUCAGAAUCAUAUGCAUUUCUGGGGUAUGGAAGGGGAAAGUUUCCAUGAAGAUAGUUAUGGAAGAACAAAUCUGAUUAGUGGGAGGUCGAGAAAAAAGAUUAUAAUCUAG